AUGUACACACAACUGGAUCGCGGAACGCGAGAGAUCCGCCUUGCACAUCUAGAGCCGAGUCUCAACCUCGAAGAUCAGCCGUCAUGCUCUCUUCAUAUCGUGUCGUUAGACGAAAAUCCAUCGUACGAAGCUUUCUCCUACGCUUGGGGAGACCCCACGAUCACAGUACCAAUCCAACUCUGGUCAUCUCCUCAGACAAUUUACGGCGCGCAAUGGCCGGUGACGACGAAUCUUGAAGCAGCUUUGCGUUAUUUGCGUCAUAGAUCGGAGGUACGGAUCAUCUGGGUUGAUGCUAUAUGCAUAGACCAGUCGAAUAUCGAAGAACGAAAUCACCAGGUCCCGUUGAUGAAGACAAUUUACAGCAAUGCGGUAGCUGUUCAAGUCUGGCUGGGCAGCCCUUCGGAAAGAAGUGACGGUGCUAUGGAAAUACUCAAGCAGAUUUUCCAAGGGGUUCCUUUUAUUGAGAUCAAAGUGGGAGAUUCCCUGCUGCAAGACGAUGAUUUGUGGUCGGUAAUUGAGCUCAUGAAGAGACCGUGGUGGAGCAGAACGUGGGUUCGACAAGAGUUGAUCCUC